UUUCUCCUUUUAUCCGUCACAAGAACAAGUAUCGCUUCCAGUCUGAUUGUCACUGUUUGCUUUCCUUUUCCCCCAAAUUCUACCCUGAGCGUGAAUAGGAAAUCCGCUGGGCACUAAAAACCCUCGUGCGGCCAAGAUAAAGAAGGCGAAGGCAGCAUCGCUCUGAUCUUCUUCCAGGGAAUCUAGCAGAUAAUGAGCCAGAAAACAGCAAAUGGACCAUCACGUAACAAGAACAAGAUGUGUGACAGUCUAAUUGGCGACGAUGUUUCCGAAGUAGAUCCAUCUUACAAGCUUUUCCUGGAACAUUUGAGCGAAGUUGGGAGCAGCUAUUUCUGUGAUGUGCCAGAUGGGGAUCAUGGCAUGCCUGCUUCGGUAAGGUAUGAAGUGGACAAAGCUUGCACAAGUGUCCUUAACAAUUCCCUGCACAGGAAUCCGCGUGGUCGAAAGACCAAGCGCCCACGUGUAAGUGUAACAUCAGGUAGGGAUGCCCAUAUAAGUGCGAAGGAGAUGGACACACCAAUUGAUGAAUCCUAUGCAGCAUUCCUGAGCACUAUGAGGAUUGAAGAUGGCUUUAUGGUUGUUGAGCCAGAACUAGGUGUAAGUGUAACAUCAGGCAGGGAUGCCCAUAUAAAUGUGAAGGAGAUGGACACAUCAAUUGAUGAAUCCUAUGCAGCAUUCCUGAGCAUGAUGAGGAUCGAAGAUGGCUUCAUGGUUGUUGAGCCAGAACCAGGUGUAACCUUCGUAUAUGGGAAAGAGGAUGAGACACCCACUGGAUAUGGUAAAAUGCGAACUGCUAGCUCCACAAAGGAGCGAAAGCAUUCGAUGAAUGCACUUGAAAACAUGACUGAAGAUAGACUUGGAAAGACUGACGAUAUUAUAUCUGAAUGUGGAAUCAAUGGACCUGCUCCAGAAUCUUCGGCUUUCAACGUAUCUGAAGAUGAUCAAGGAGACCCUGCUGCUUUUAGUUCUGGUGUUCCUUCUACAUUUGAUGAAAAACUUCAUUCCGUUCUAAGUCAGCCCUAUGACCGAAGUGAACACAAAAAGCUUCUGAGAAAAGCCACUGAGCAGAAGCCUGUGUGCAGACUAAAACACUUGCGAAAUGCAUGCAAGCGCUACGACACAGACGUACUUGGACUAUCAUAUCUUGAUCACUACCCAGAUCUAGCCAAACAAAUACACUCUGCUGACACUGAUGAGGGACGCCUGAACCUCCUGCGAAAAUUCUUCUUCUGGUUGGAGAACUUAUCUCAUGAGGGGGCAUACAUGCCGUGGAAAGCCAAGGGGCUAGCGUGUGAUCCCAUCGUAGCAGACGACUAGCUACAAAGCCGAACAAGUGUGGGCUUGCUGAGAUGCCCCAGGACGAAGGGAAUACUGAAGCACCUUUUGCUGAUGGGCCAAAGGGUGAGCUGAAGCUUCCACUCCUUCCGGCAAUGCUCCCUUCGACCGUUAGCCAUGCACAUCUAUAUCAGCCAUGUACUUUUGGUUGCGCAGCUGCAUGUAAGCCGCCUGGAAUGAUACUAUGCUAGUUUUUGGUAUGUGGCUUAGCCA